UUCCAGUCCCCAAACACAGUGCACAUAACUGUACACACUGAGGACUGCAUCUUGAAUGUUUUCUUUGAUGGAGAAUUCUUACAUCACCACUCCAUGGACUGCUGUUUCAACUCCAGCUCAUUGUGGAGGAAUAUCAAUCACUUACACCUGAAGGUAACAGUUUCCAAAGAAAGUAUAAGAUUUCACUAAGUAUCACUGAGGAUUUCCUGAAGUCUAAGAUUUCUUAUGACAAACAGGCUUGACAGCAGCAGCUGCAGCAGCAGCAGCUGCCACCAAUGCUGCCAUAGCAGAAGCAAUGAAAGUGAAAAAAAUUAAAUUGGAAGCUAUGUCCAACUACCAUGCAAAUAAUAACCAGCAUGGAGCAGACUCUGAAAAUGGAGAUCUGAAUUCAAGUGUUGGCAGCAGUGAUGGUUCUUGGGAUAAAGAAAAACUUCAGUCUCCCCCCACCCAAGGAUCACAGGCCUCUAUUAACCACCCCAACUUGCCUGGACAACAUAAUGUUCCAGUUAGCCAUCCUCUCAACCCUCUUCAACAGAACCACCUUCUGCCAAAUGGAUUGGAACUUCCGUUUAUGAUGAUGCCCCACCCAUUAAUUCCUGUGAGCCUACCUCCAGCAUCUGUCACAAUGGCAAUGAGCCAGAUGAAUCACCUUAGUACCAUUGCCAACAUGGCAGCAGCAGCACAAGUGCAGAGUCCUCCAUCCAGAGUUGAGACAUCUGUUAUUAAGGAACGUGUUCCAGACAGCCCUUCUCCUGCUCCUUCUCUUGAAGAGGGCCGAAGACCUGGCAGCCACCCAUCCUCUCAUCGAAGCAGCAGUGUGUCCAGCUCUCCUGCACGGACUGAGAGCUCUUCAGACAGAAUCCCAGCUGUCCAUCAGAAUGGGCUAUCUAUGAACCAAAUGCUGAUGGGUUUGUCACCUAAUGUUCUUCCUGGGCCUAAAGAAGGUGAUCUGGCUGGUCAUGACAUGGGACAUGAAUCAAAAAGAAUACACAUUGAGAAAGAUGAGACCCCGCUCUCCACACCAACCGCAAGAGACAGCCUUGACAAACUUUCUCUAACUGGGCAUGGGCAACCACUACCUCCAGGUUUUCCAUCUCCUUUUCUAUUCCCUGAUGGAUUGUCCUCCAUAGAGACCCUUCUGACUAACAUCCAGGGACUACUAAAGGUUGCUAUAGACAAUGCCAGAGCUCAAGAGAAACAAGUCCAGCUGGAAAAGACAGAGCUGAAGAUGGAGCUCUUCAGGGAACGAGAACUGAGGGAAACACUUGAAAAACAAUUGGCUGUGGAACAGAAAAAUAGAGCAAUAAUUCAGAAAAGGUUAAAGAAGGAAAAGAAGGCAAAGAGGAAAUUGCAGGAAGCACUUGAAUUUGAGACUAAACGACGGGAGCAAGCAGAACAGACACUGAAACAAGCAGCUUCAACAGAUAGUCUCAGGGUCCUAAACGACUCUCUGACCCCAGAGAUAGAAGCUGACCGCAGUGGGGGCAGAACAGAUGCUGAAAGGACAAUACAAGAUGGAAGACUUUAUUUGAAAACUACUGUCAUGUACUGAAUUUUUCCUGCUGAAGAUACCUGUGCUACAGUAAAGAACUUUGCAGUAAGACAUACACCCAAAUGGAGUUCUGUGGAAACAAAAUGUUUUCAAGGCAACUUCCUCAACUUCAUUUACCAAUGUUCUUCAAAAAUGUAAGGAAUUCUGCAAGAGUGUCCUCCAUUGGUUAUCUCCUGUGGCUCAAGCUGGAGCUCUAGAGAAUGUUUGUAAAUGUACAGUAUCACUCUUCUUACAGUUGAAAAUCUGCAUCUGUGCACCGGACUAUUGUACCAAAACUACAGGCAGGUCAGAACAAGGUUGAGUAUUCCCUUUUUCAAGGAAUGCAGACUCUGUCCUCCUCUGAUGAUUCUAUAUUUGAGCACAUCAAACGAUCCUUCCAGCGGUGUCAAAGUACACUUACAGACUGUUAUAUCAUACUGAAACCAGCAAGACAGCUCAGAAAUGAACUUGUAGAGGGCAUAAGAGGACUCUUAUUUAAAAAAAAAAAAAAAGAAAAGAAAAAAAAGAAAAAAAUGAAAAAGGAAAAAAAAAGAAAAAAUUGAUACAUUCAGUUUUCAGACUAUGAUCGUGGGUUUUCUUCUAAAGACAUUUUUCCACAUGCUUUCUGAGAGACCAACACAUGUAUGUAAAACUACAUUAAGUAAAAUGGAAUUUUGUGUAAGUGAAAAGAAAUGCUGAAUGUAAACAAACUGUUUUACUAUUCACAAAGUCUCUUUUCCUAAAAUAAAAAAAAAAAAACAAUUAAAAGAGUAAUAAUUUCUCAUUGUAAACUGGCAGGGGUUUGUGAAAUAAAAGACUUUGCUUCUUAUCAAACUGUUGGUCACAUGUACAGUAUAUAACACAAAUCACACAAGGAAGGUAUUAUGUAUGCAGUAGAAAUCUAGCGUUUAGGAAAUGAAAAAUUUUAGAUAAUAUUGUUUUGUCACCCUGUUGGUCAGAAAGACACCU